CUCCCCUUAAUUGCGUUAGGAAUAAUGGACAUUAUUGGACAGAAAGGGUUGAAAAGAUGAAAACUCAAGCGGCAAUAAUGAAAGUAAAUCAGUGGUCUAUUUUUGGACGGGCGAAAGCCUGUAAUAUCUUCUUAGCAGCAAAACUUUGGUACGCACUUCAGGUGAUUUGCUGUACUAGAGGCCACAUUCAGAAGUUUCACAGAGUGUUUGCAACUUUUGUAUGGGGUUCCACUUGGGAACCCAUGAGACGAGAUAACCUGUUUCGUUCCGUUGAGCAAGGCGGUCUCGGGCUUUUACACGUCUUUUUAAAACAAAUUAUAUCACGCUUCUUGUUCUUCAGAACUGUGUCUCAUGACUUCCUUCGAACUUACAUGCAGGCAGAGCUUUCAAGCGCGUUGCCGUAUUUGGUAGUAACAACAGUGCCUGCGAGCACAUCUCGUCCAUUGGGAUACCUCGGAGAGGUUGUGAGCUCAAUAGAGUUCCUUGAAGCACGUUUUUCCUUGGAAUAUUUAUUUAAAGUGUCGCGGAAAGCUUUAUAUGUUGAUCUCAUCGAUGCAUUAUUUCCUAUACCCCUGUACCGAAGUAUGUUCAGUAGUGGCCCGGGACAAGACGUCCUGAAACGUGUGUGUAAGCUACAUGUCUCACCGACAGCGAAGUCAUUCUUUUAUAAGCUCCACACUUCAACGUUGCCGGUAAAGCCUUGGCUUCGCGAAAAAGGUAUAUUUGUUCCUUGGUCAGUGAACUGCCGUUUGUGCAACCAGCCUGAAACAAUAGAACAUUGCUUUAUUUUUUGCACCGACGCCUAUUUGUUUUGGGAUGUCCUACAAAGGACAUUGAAGAAAGAUUUGAAUAUCUGUGCAUAUACGAUACGUUUUUUGCCUUUAAACCAAAAUGAUAUUUUUCCUUAUGACCUGUUCACAUUGAUGGGUCUGCAUAGCCUUUGGAAAACAAGGAUGAUUGAUAGAAAUGCUGAUCCUCCACGGUCUACAAAGUCCAGUUUCAUAGAAACUGUGUCACAUGUACGUAAUGUGUACGACCACCUCAAGAAACGUCCAGAAUGGUAUACCCUUCUUGACAAAUGUGUUCAUCUUCCCGACUUUUAG